AUGACUCCCAAAUUCAAGCCCGCCAUGAAUCCUACGGUGGAGGAUGAAGUCAUCGAUGAUGUUCCUGCCAAUCAAAAUUCCAACUCCAAUGCAAAUGCAAAUGACACGCCAGUCCCUUGGUCGGAGAUCUUCUCCCGUCAUGAAGCCGUUCUCUGCUCCCAUCUCGAAAUGCUAAGCAUGGUGAAGGAGCAGAUUGCCCCGAAGGUCAAUGGGUUCCAGACCGUCUCCUCAAUGGUGAACAAAACAGUACUGGCGAUGAACCAGCUGAAGAUAGCUAGGAAACAUAUGAUGAGCAGUAAGUCCCACCAAACUCCUACCCCGGAAGGAAGAAAGAAAUCAACCUAUCCCACCCUUUACCAAGCAACGGAGACCGGAAUUGACAUGACAGCCUUAGAAAACGCUACACCCAGCUCCUCCAACCCCACACAAUCGACCGACACAGAGGCCAAUACCCGCAAGAAAAGACGCAGAAUCUCUCGAGACAACGACACAGCCCGUCCUGAGUGUGCGGACGAAAUCCGAGCACCCAAACGAUCCCGUGAUUCUUCCUCCUCCCAGCCAACACCUGAGCAAGAUGCGGAGUUCGCAUCAACGCUUGAAACAGAGGAUAUUUCCGCCGAAGUCCAGCGACGGCUGAAAAUAAAGGAGGAACAACGUUUGAAGAAAGAAAACCCCAAAGCGGAUAAACGCAAGCGCGACAGUCUCGUAUCGAAUGAAGGUGAAUCGCCCAUUGCAUCCAAGCCUCGGAAGAAACGCCUUAGGCUGGGGAAUGAGUAUAAGAGACAUGGUGAAUUGAUGGAUAAUGACGCGGACGCCCCAAAAAAGAAACAACGCUGA